AAGUGCUCAAAUUGAAACAAAGAAAUGGGUGCUUUUUCGUUCUUUUUUGCUUCAUUUCUGCUCUUUAUUUCUCUCAAUUUUCAUCCUGUACUGUGUCGGGAAGCCGCGGACAGAGGCGGUGAUGAGGUGAUGAGUACGGAGAGGGAAGCAAUAGAAAUAAUUAACGGUGGAGGCGACACUUCCCGUGCUCCAUCUCCUAAUUACCCAGGAGGUUGUCAAUGCACUACACCUCCUCCCCCUCCUAAGCCUACAUGCCCUCCACCCCCACCACCUCCUCCCCCUCCUAAGCCUACAUGCCCUCCACCCCCGCCUCCCCCUCCGCCUCCUCCACCACCUCCGCCUCCGCCGCCGCCCUGUUCUAAGUUUGAAAACAAGUUACUCGAAAGAGACUACCACACAAUACAGGGAUUCGCAAAAAAAAUCGAAAGAGACCCAUACGGCUACAGGAAAACAUGGACGGGAACAAAUAUCUGCAAAUAUAGGGGCUUUACAUGUGAGAAACUUCCCGACAAGACGAAACUAAAUGCCCUCGCCGCAAUUGAUUUUAAUGGUGCUAACUUCGAAGGAAAGGACCUCCGUCUUGAUGACUUCCUGGAGAAAUUAAGCGAAUUAGCCAUUUUCCACGCAAAUUCAAAUAAAUUCACAGGUAUUGAUAAUUUAUAAUUUUGUAUUACACAUAGAGUACUCUGUUUCUACACAUACU